ACACACACUCACACACACACACACUUCAUAUGAAUAUACAGUAUUCUGUGAAUUAAACCCAACAUGUUCACAUUGUUCAGUUUGUUUUUCUCUUUUUAUUUAGAUUUCUGUUCUCUGACUCUGGAUCCCUACACGACACAUCGUAACCUCAUUCUGUCUGAGAAGAACAGAGUGGUGACAGUUAGUGAGAGAAAUCAACAGUACUCUGAUCAUCCAGAGAGAUUUGACUCCUGGCGGCAGGUGUUGUGUAAGGAGAGUGUGUGUGGACGCUGUUACUGGGAGGUGGAGUGGAGCGGUUAUGUGUACAUAUCAGUCUCAUAUAAAGACAUCAGCAGGAAAGGUCUGGGUGAUGAGUGUGGGUUUGGACGCAACAAACAGUCCUGGAGUCUGAAAUGUUCUUCUUCUUCUUCUCUCUCUUUCUAUCACAACAACAUUAAGACUGAUCUCAGUGUUCCAUCAUCCCCCAGAAUAGGAGUGUAUGUGGAUCACAGUGCAGGAACUCUGUCCUUCUACAGUGUCUCUGACACCAUGAAGCUCCUCCACAGAGUCCACACCACAUUCACUCAGCCUCUAUAUGCUGGGUUCUGGUUUGACUGGUGGUUUGGUUUUCCAUCUAUUAGAUUGUGUGAUCUAAAUUAAACUAUAUAAUGUUUUGUGUAACAUUCCUCCACAUUACCAUAUUGUUACUCCAUCAUCUGUUUAACACUAGGUUUACUGGAUUUUUCUGGUGCAGGUCCCGAGGUGUGAUUACCCCCUGUUGAGAUUUUCACAGUUCUUUAGCCCUGCUUUUGUUGUGCAAAUGCCCCCAUCACCUGUGAGGCCUGGCUCAUUUGCAUUUGUUCACUCAGAGUAGCUCAGAUCCAAGACAGGCCAAAACUUCUGUCUGUGAUGGAAACCUUCAAGGCCUAUCUAUACAAAAUAGUCUGUUUAAUUUAUAUUAAAAAAUUGUGUGCUAAGGUUUGUCAUUGCCAUAGUACAUAUCAUAUUUAUAUAACCCUUGCACAGACCUGGGGUCUAUUUGACUCUGGAAAGUUUAAUGUGUCAUAACACUAUGAAGCUCCUCCACAGAGUCCACACCAUAUUCACUCAGCCUCUAUACGCUGGGUUCUGGAUUGAUUGGUGGACUGGUUCUCCAUAUGUGAGAUUGUGUGAUCUAAAAUAAUGUGUGUAGUGUUUUGUGUAACAUUCCUCCAUAUUUCCACAUUGUAACUCCAUCAUCUUUUUAACACACAAUCCAGCUGCACAAAAAAACACAGAAGAACGGUGUGACCUGGGUGUCAGUGUCAGUCUCAUAUAAAGAGAUCAGAAGGAAAGGAAGUUGUAAUGAAUGUGGGUUUAAUUUAACACAAACUGAUGCUGAUUGUAGAAUAAAUAGUUUUGUGGCAUCGUAA